AUGCACAAACUAAUUCAGCUCUCAAUACUUGUGCCCGUAGGGGCUGUAGCUGCUCAGGAUGUAGACUAUGCGCAGUUCGUAAAUCCGUUCAUCGGAUCAGAAGGCGCCAUCUCGGGCUACGCUUAUGGAGGUGGUGAUGUCUUUGUUGGAGGCGCUGUGCCAUUUGGAAUGGUCAAGUUAGGACUCGAUACCUACGAAGAGCCUAUCAAUCAGAGCGCACUGAACGGUGGAUGGACCCCGCAAGGUUACGUGACUGGGAUCAGUCUUAUGCACGAAUCCGGGACUGGAGGUGGACCAAAAUACGGAUUUCCAGCCCAGAUGCCCUUGACAGAGAUUGACGGAGAUGUGAACUUGCUGGACAAUCGGACGUACUGGCAAAAACGAGUUGGCGAGGAUAUCGCAAGCGUAGGCUACUUCCGCACAGAGCUUGAAUCCGGCGUCACUGUCGAGCUGUCAGCGUCCCGUCAUGCCGGACUACACCAUUACACAUAUCCAUCUACGUCCGAGACGCAUAUCUUGGUAGACUUCUCGCACUAUCUCCCCCAUCCAACACGUUCCUGGGACUCUCAGUUCUACACUGGUGGUGAAAUUGAAAUUCAACCAAAUUCAAGUACUUAUACUGGUCACACUUCGGUCGCAGGAGGCUGGUGCAUCGGCGCCCCAGUGACCGUGUACGUAUGCGGGGAGUUCGACACACCUCCUAGCGAAACAAAGGUUUUCAAAGGCAAAAACACGUUUCCUGCCAGUCGUCACUUUCGAAGCUUCAACAAUGCCACGACUCCAUUCCCUACUUUUACGGGGACGACGGCUCGCUCUGGGCCGCUGAACGACCGUGUUGGUGCUAUUUUCUCCUGGAGCAACGUCACAGAAGUCAAUUCUAGGGUCGGAAUAUCUUUCAUGUCAGUUGACAAAGCGUGUGACUACAAGAACGCCGAGUUGUCAACAUGGUCCAUCGAAGACACGAAGCAAAAGGCACGCAAUGAAUGGAACCGUGACGUCUUCUCCAAAAUUCGUGUUGACACAUCAGCAUCAGCGAACAAGACACGACUGGCUUUGUUGUACUCAAGUUUGUACUUCAUGCACCUCAUACCGAGCGAGCGUGUAGGCGAGAACCCCCUCUGGGAGUCCGAAGAGCCGUAUUGGGACGAUUUUUACACCAUGUGGGACCUUUUCCGCAACCAGGUCUCCCUCUGGCACCUCAUACAGCCAUCAUACUAUGAAUCGAUGCUGAGGGCUUUGGUUGAUAUAUUUCGUCACGAAGGCUGGGUCCCUGAUGGGCGCUCGGGCAACUACAAUGGCUUAGUGCAAGGUGGGUCUAAUGCUGACAACGUACUUGCCGACGCGUAUGUUAAAGGCCUUCGAGGAAAUAUCAACUGGACAGAAGGAUAUGCGGCAGUAAAGAAGAAUGCUGAAAUUCUACCUUACUUUGACGAGAAUCCAGUCGACCCGCAAGGCUCGCUCAAAGAAGGCCGCUCGGCACUAGACGAUUGGAUACCGCUUGGCUACGUCUCCGCAGACCGCAACUCCCGCGCCGUAUCAAAGACAGUUGAGUACUCCCUCAACGACUUCGCCGUCAGCCAGAUCGCAGCCGGAGAAUCUCCCGGGGAGCGCGACCUGUACCUGCAGCGCUCAGCAGGCUGGCAGCUGAGCUGGGAUCCCUCAGCCACCUCACGCAACUUCACAGGCUUCGUCGUGCCACGCUUCUCAAACGGCACCUUUGACAAAACCUACAACAUCACAAACUGCGGCGACUGCAACUGGUCCGACGAGAGCUACGAAGGCACCGCUUUCGAAUACUCCUUUGUCAUCCCCCAUGAUGUUGCCCGCGUAAUCGACCUCAUGGGCGGGUCAGGCCACUUCGAAUCGCGCCUCGACUACGUCUUCCAACCCAACACGUCCGGCGUCGACCUAGGCGUCAACGGCUUGGGAAUCACCACCAUCAACAACGUCGCCAACGAGCCGGACUUCGGCACGCCGUACUUGUACAACUACCUCAACAAGCAGUGGAAGAGCGUUGAGCGCACUCGUCAGCUGGCCAAUGAUUUCUACUUCAACACUAGCAGCGGGAUACCAGGCAACUCCGAUGCCGGCGCGCUGAAUUGCUGGCUGGUUUGGCAGAUGUUGGGUCUGUAUCCAGUGGUUACGACGCCCGUCUAUCUUCUGGAGAGUCCGUGGUUCUCGGAUAUCAACAUCACAGUCAAUUAUGACAAGACGCUGCGGAUCAGAGCUGAGGGUCUGGAUGACGGGAAUGGAAAGCAGGGGUAUUAUGUCCAGGGUGUGAGUAUCAACGGGCAAGUGUGGGAUAAGAAUUGGUUUGAACAUGAGGAUGCGGGGGGUAUCAUGACUGCGGGCGGGGAGAUUGUGUUUACGUUGGGUAACGAGCAGAAAGUGUGGGAGACGGGUGAUCUACCUCCGAGUCCGGGUCAUGUUGAGCUGGAUGUUGGGGCAGGUUAG